GAGAGGAGCACAGAGCACGAUCACACAUCGCACUUGCAAGUCGCGCAAGCUACGACGUCUCUCAGUCAACGACGGUCGUCGUCGGUGCUCGUCACAGUCUCACCGUAUGGUUUAUGCGUUAUUCCACCGACUUAGUCACGAGUACUCCUCAUCGUCGAUCGGCGAGUCGCGCCACCCCCGCGAGACCGGGGACGCACUCCCGCUUAGCGAGCGAUCGCUCGAAAAAACGCGAAGAAAAUUACGCGAAGGCAAAGUUGAUAGAAAAAGUAUCGCACGUGUCAGAUCUCUCUGUCAAGUCUACGCGAAACGAAUGACAUAUCGUACAUUGCAAGAGCAUUAGUGAAUCUAUCCGAGCGACUUUCAACCUGUGUCGACGUUGUCCGUUCGGCGACACUCACCCCGUGGAGUCAGCCGGCUACGGCGCGCAGUACGCAGCGGGAGAACCGAGAGCGGUGUCUCGCCUAUUGCCGCGCCGCUUCGGCCGCAGCGAGUCAGUGCUCGGAUUUCCGCGCGAGCGAGAACUCGCCAUUCUCGCCAGUUCGUCAGAGGACGCGAAUGCGAAAUUGGAUCGACGAUUAUCUCGUUGCUUCGCAAGAAUCCCAGUGAUUUUCCACUGCAAUCUGAAAGAUUCCGCGAGAGUGUCGCGAAUCGUAGCAGUGUGCCGAUGAUAAUCAAAGGGACAGUGGAAUUCUCGUCUUUAAAAAUCUGAUUGCAACGGAGUUUAAUGCGUUUACCUCGCGUCAUAUUUAUCCGUAUGUUCGCGGUAUCAGCUUGACGUUUCGAUUGCGGAAAAAGACUGCAAAAAGAGUGUGGCACAACAGAGUGACGCAGAGAAACGCUCAACAAUACUCCAAGUACUCUUUGGCAUGGUUACGUAAACGGGCGCUCACCACGCGCCUGAUCGACCGAAGAGAGGUGGUUUUCUCGCGGAAGGAAGUGAACAGAACAGGAGGACAAUCGAGGAAAAAAGAGAGAAAGCACACAUCGUUAUCGGCAAUUUUGUUCGAAAAAAUCUCUUCCCGUUUCUGCCAUCCAUCGUCGCAAGAAUUUCUCCGAACGGGUUCGCGAUCGAUUACCUCGAGAAAGUAUAUCGUGGAAAGGCUCUUGACGCGAGAAGCCCGUCGGCGAGCACGAAUGCCAAGCGCCGACGGCCGAUUGACAUCAGCGUGUUUCGAUCGACGAUGACAGCGAGCGUCUCGUCGCGCAAUCUAACGCUAUCGAGCUCUUCUCGGCGUUGCAACGUUGCGUCGACAAUACGCCGAACUUGACGUGAUCGUUAUUUUAUCGCUGAGAUAGUGCAUAGUGCGACGGCGCUCUUUGAUUCGUCCCGUUCCUCCGGCAAAGAGGAGAAUAAUUACGAGAGAACUCAUACACGUGUACACGGCCUCCUUCCUUCGUCCGACACGAAGCCGGAGGGCAACAAAACGCGAUCGGAAGGAAGUAACGUAUAGUGCUGCUCUCCUCGCGAUCGGCGCCUCCCGCUCCACCGUCGUAUAUCUCGACGGUAAUGCGCGCAAAUUAUGCGUCUCGCGCUUCUCUCUCCGCACCGAGGAACGCACGACGACUAGAGGCAAGAGGAACGGACGAGAAGAGGAGAUAAUCCGCCUGUUGCGCUUUCCUUCACCUACGAUCUUCUUCCCGCCUCUCGUUACCGCGGUGAGAAACGAGUGCCAACUGACUUCGACACGACGAAUCAUCCUCCGGGGGCGAGUGUGUGCGACUGUGUACGUUGAUGUAUCUAUUCGCGAGGACGCACAUUCGUCAUUGACAUUCUCACGUGCGUUGUAAUCAAUGCGGCCGCGUCGCUUCUUUGAAAUUUGUCCCGAUCUCUUCGUGAUCUUUCGUGCGAUUCGAGGAAGCUCGCGCAUCUGUGAUUUUCUCGGAAGCUCGGCAGAGAAACGGUCACGCCGAUAAUCAGAUCACAUUCCGACAAACAGUAUCGCGUCGAUGUAACGUGAAAACGUCUUUCAGAAAGACUUGCGUCGAGAGUGUGAUCGUGCUAUUCAAGAUGAACGAUUAAUUUCUCGAUCAAUUUUUCUGGCAUUUCUUGUCGCGCAAGAAAAUUCAAUGACAUUUCUUGGCGCGUAAUGUCAUGUAAUCCGUGCGACAAUUGAUUUUUUUUCCAUUUUAUUUCACUUAGCGUUCGCAAAUAUAUAUCGCCGCAUCCAAUCGAAACUUCAUGAUCAAGAUCUUCGACUGAAGACCUGAAAAACCGUCAAUUGCCGUAAAGAUUCACUCGACAUUCGAGAGAAUUUAACGUCAGAGUCGCUGCGGAAGUAAAUCUAGAGGAAGCACUUCGAGCUGGCAGAUUUCGAGCCACGGCGAGAUCGUCUUGUUGCAUUCGUCUGAUUGGCGGCGCGGUAUAUCAUCGCCGUUUCGGCACGGCGGAUCAUCACGAAAAAUCAAUGUGGAACCGAGAGAAAGUCAUCGUCGUCGGCCCAGCAUACUUAGAGCCGCUGAGUAAAAAAACCGAUAGCCGAGAGAUCGGUAAUUCAAGGAUCGGUACGAGCAGACGAUCCACUAGCUCGCAACCUCCGGCCUCCUUGCUGGCCUGGCCAGCUACUAUGCGAAUUGAAGCUUUCUGCACCUUCCUCGUCGCGGUGGUUUGGCUGACCGCAGUCCUGUGCGCGCCGCUUACUGCCGUCAACAAUAAGCCCUUCUCCUCUCGAAGGCCCAGGGAACAGCCUUUCAGAGGACACAUUUCUCGCUGGACAGAGGAGCCACUGGAGGAACCGACAAACAAGGAGAUGACAGUACGAGAUAUGCAUAAAAUUCUACACAUAGAAGGAGGCGAGGAAGGCUCCCCUGUCGAUUGUUGUCCUACGAUAAAAGAGAUGUCGGAACCGGUCGGCGGUCAAAAUCAACAAAAUAUGUACGUUGAGCUCUAUCGAGACGGCAACAACCGCCAGAGGUUCUUCGAGCUUUCUUGCAGACCAGACGUUCUCGAUAAGCCGUGCAGGUUCAUCGACCGGAAGUUCAGGAAUCAGUCCAGAUGCGUGCAAAAGUACGCGUAUUCGUACGCUAUCGUCGAGAACCAUGAAAACCUGAAAAUUGGAAUGGAGGAGCACAAAAGGCAUCAUCGCAAGGAACGCAAUCCCGCGUUACCCAGUUACAGCGUGAGCGGGUCCGGAUGGACGUUAGAUUAUAUCAUGGUGCGAAGCGGCUGUAGCUGCCAGAUCAUGCCGAAGCCGAAAAAGAAGAAAAUCGCGGCGGCCAAGGCAAGAAGAGCGAAGAGCAAACACCGUCAAUCAAGAAACCUAGAAGUGGAGACGUGAAAGUAUCGAUUUGUAUCUUAAUGAUAGUACAUUGUACGUGUAAUUGUGUUAUUGACUUGCGACUGACUUGGAAGAAUGUUGGGCGAAUGCGAGACUAUAGAACAACAAUACAGAACAAGAAUGAAGAGUACCAACAUUCGUCAGAUAGUAGGGCGCAAUGAAAACGUUACCAACGAUCGUAUUAUCGAUUUUCUAAUGACAAUUAACUACAUUAUUAAUUUAUUAGAUAUUACCGCGUGAAACGCGUCGUUUAGUAAAUGCAUUUGCCAUCAAUUAAUAGAUUUAUACUUUUUGAUACUUCGUUUACGAAAACUUUUCUUAAAAUGUAUUAAAACGUUUAUAAUUUCCUAUUUAUUAUUAUAAUUAUUUUAAUAGAAAAAUUUUUGCGAAUUAAAUGUAAGUGCAAUCUUUAUAUAUAUCAAAUCACUUGUUAAUUUUAAAGCGAUAUAGCAAUAAAUUAAUCAUUAUCGAACAUAAAUCAAGACAUAACGAAUAUAGCAGUUGAUUGAUGUGGUGAGCGAAAAUUGAUGGUAUAAGCGAAAUAUUUCAGAGUAUCAGAAUAAUUUCAUCAUUAAUUUUUAAUACAAUAAGCAUGUGUCUCGGUGCGUUUCACUUAAUUUAAUAUUUUAGCUACUAAAUCUAUUUUUCAUUUUACCGGCGGCCAGUUUCCAUUCUGUAUUUUUACUUCUCUGUAUAUUAUAAAUUUGUAUGCACUCAGUAAUACAUACGAUAUAGUUGUAAUAGAAUAUAUAAUAAUUUGAUUAAUAUUUAACUUACUACAUCUAUGUAUAGAUGUAUAGAUCUGUAAUGCACGUUAUUGCAUCAAAAUAAUGUGUGAAUCAUAGUCUAUUAAAAUUUAUUUAAUUAACUUAAUCUGGUGCAAAGUACAUGCACAUACAUACACAUUUAACUAAUAGGAUUUAUAGAAAGUGAGUGACUAGAAUGAGUAAAACGUGCCAACACUUAACCAUGACAAUUAUUGAUAAAUCUGAUUAUUGUAAGAGAUGCGAAAAAAUAUUUGUAAAGGUAUUAAGUUCUUUUACCUUCUGCAAAUUUCCAUUGUACAUCGAUAUAAUGCAUAUAAAUAAAAGAAAUUGAAUUACAGUCGAUGGAUAAAAAAAAAUGGAUAAAGAAUUUGCCUUAUCUCCCUCCUGUACAUUUCUUGUACAGUACAUUGAUAGUUUUGAGUUUUGAUCACUAUGCAUUAUUGUGAUGCACAAUGUGUAGCUAUAUUUGCAGAGAUCUGUAUUUUUAAUUUAUAUGUAUUGGCAAAAUAACCCUAUAUUAUUAAUCAUCUGAGAAAUUUUUAAUGUACAUAUUUUUGUGAGACAUAAGCAGUUUGCUGUUUUAUAUCACAAUAUUUAUGUAUGUUUUAUAGUAUUAAUGAUUUUUUAAUUAUUCUCGACACACAUAUUCAUUCUCAUCAUAACUGCCGUAUAUUAAUAGUUUGAAUGAUUUCGAGUUGAUAAUUUGUUGUAUUAUAUGUAACACCAUAAAUAUACGGACAUAUUUUCUAUAUCAUCAUAGUAUUGUAAACAUUGUACAUAAACAUAAUUAGUACAUUUGUUUAUAAAA